UGAUGGCCACUGCUCGUGCCGUGCAAGCGUUGGUGGCGCAGGUGGCCGAGCUCUCGACCCAGGUAGUACAUCUUUCAUCUCCCACUGAGGGAAGCAUUAUGGACUGGGAUCUGGCGAUACGUUUGCACAUUCCUAUUCGCCCUCUGGGUCGCGCCAUAUCUGUUUUCGCUCUCAACGGACAGAAAUUACCCACCAUCACACACGCCACGGAGUCCAUAACCGUCAUCAUUUCCGGUAAUCAUACUGAACUGCUGUCAUUUUACCUCUCCAGAUCUGUUCAUCAUCCCAUCGUCCUGGGGCAUCCAUGGCUGGUGGAACACAAGCCCAGGAUCGAGUGGGGCCAGGGAUCCAUGGCGGAGUGGAGUCAGCAUUGUCAUGCGUCUUGUUUGUUGUCUGCGUGUUCUUCUGUGUCUCGUUCUGUGUUGCAGGAGGAGUCGGUGAACCUGUCAAACGUGCCCCAGGAGUACCUCGACCUGAAGGAAGUGUUCAUUCGUUGCAGGCUGUCCCGGUGUCGUGUGUUCCGUGUUUCACUUCCCGUUUCCUGGAUUUCUGGACUAUCGUCUUGUGCCCGCGUCUGGGUGGAUUAUAUGAACUGUCAUCUUGUGCCCGCGUCUGGGUUGGAUUAUCCUUGGUUUCUGAUACCCGCUGUAGCCCUGCGCCACCCUGUUCAUCUGCCUCCGCACGCCAUUGCUUCAGCACGCCUCAGUCACUGCAACGUCUGCCCAUUUGGAGUGAAGUUAUUGUACAGCGUAUUCUGUCAAUAAAUAUUGUUUUACUUGCACUUGGAUCCUCUCUCCGUGUUCAUUUCC